AUGGGAUUCCCAAAGCUCAACGAAGAAACUGGCAUCGACGCACUCAACAGCUGGCUGGCCACUCGAUCCUACAUUGAAUUCUAUUCUCUGUCUCAAGCCGACAUCUCCUGCUACAGGGCCCUCGAAUCUGCCCCUAGCGCAGCUCAGUAUCCCCACGCUGCCCGGUGGUACAACCACAUCUCCUCCCACGAGCCCGUGUUUUCCGAUAUUCCUGGCGAUACGUCCAAGACAUACCAAGACUAUGGUCCAGAAUUGAUUGAGCGUCCCUCAUUCGGGCCGUCAGAGAAUGAUGACAACGAUGUGGAUCUUUUUGGAAGCGACAACGAAGACGAUGCUGAGGCAGCACGCAUUCGUGAGCAGCGUCUGGCUGACUACAAGAUGCGCAAGGCAGCCAAGCCAAAGGCCAUCGCCAAAUCAGUACUUAUCCUUGACGUCAAGCCAUGGGAUGAUCAGACAGACAUGGUGGCCCUUGAAGCUGCCGUUCGCGGCAUCCAGAGAGACGGCCUGGUCUGGGGCACAUCCAAAUUGAUUGCGAUCGGCUAUGGUAUCACUAAGCUACAGGUCAACUUGGUCGUCGAGGAUGACAAGAUCUCGACUCAGGACAUCCAAGAUGAGAUUGAAAGCUUUGAGAAAUAUGUUCAGUCGUCUGAUAUUACCUCGAUAGGAACAGGGUACGAUUUACUCAACUCCAUCUACUCGCCCGAUGGACACAACUUCCAGGUCGACUACGCCGUCAAGGCGUCGGAGAAUGGCGGCACGUCCAUCGGUAUCCGCUGCAACGAGGGUGUAGUUCUGGCCCUCGAGAAGGUUGCUGUGUCGAAGCUGUCGAAGCCUGGCGCGAACAAGCGCAUCGGGAGCGUUGAUGGCCACAUUGGAGUCGUCUGCUCUGGCCUGAUCCCAGAUGGCUCCUCACUCGUUGAACGAGCCCGCGACGAGUCGCAUUCGUGGCGACAAACCUUCAAGGCACCUAUUCCGACAACGGACCUGGCUUCGCGCCUGGGCAACCACAUGCAAGUGUUCACCAUGUCCAGCUCUUUGCGACCUUUUGGCGUCAUGGCCAUCAUUGGCGGCGUCGAUACAUCCGAGGAGAUUGGCGUCGACGGCGAGGUUGGGUCGGGCCCCGCGUGCGGCGCUGGCGGCAAGGUCACGGGCAAGAAGCAUGGCGGGACCUUUUUGUACAUGGCCGAGCCGAGUGGCCAGUGUUUGGGCUACUGGGGCACUGCAGCGGGCAGGGGCCGCCAGACCGCCAAGGCGGAGCUCGAGAAGCUCGACCUCGAGGGCGGCGACAAGAUGACGCUCCUGCAGGCUGUCAAGGAGGCCGUACGCAUCAUCUACGUCGCGCAAAAGGACAGCAAGGAAAAGGGCAUUGAGCUCGAGCUGACCUGGAUCAGCACCGUCGACGGGCCCACCAAGGGCCGCCACGUCGAGGUUCCCAAGGAGCUCCGCGAGGAGGCCGAGAGGUUAGCAGCAAAGGCCGAGGACGAGUCGUACGACGACGAUGAGGAUACCAAUAAGAAAGACGAUGAUGAUAAGAUGGAGGAAUAG